ACUAAUGACACUAACAUGAAUGUAGGCUGGUGGUUCAGCCGUUCACUGGUUGUGUGUUCACGUAUAGACGGGUGUAUGUGUAUGACAUAACGCAAAUACAGAUACGGGACGUCGUGCUCCGCAUCUAGGCAGUGACGUAUACUCAUGGGGGAGUUUAGUUCUAGUGGUAAUGCGAACAUCGGUUUGAGUGUAGUAGAAAUAUCCGUGAAUUCCGCUAAGAGCAAUCCGUCUGCGAAUACGUUAUUCUACACCACACCUACCAGCUCUUCGUCUUCAGUGGCGACGGGAUUAGUAGAACAGGCGAAAUUAUACAAUCCAACGAUGCAAGAUGAUCUUUCCGCCUCCGAGAAGAAUCAAGCAUCAAGUGUCUCCGUCAGUGGUGCUAACGCGGAAGAACUAUCUCUUCCGACGUCCACCUCGGUUACCACUUCCGCAAUAGACAAAAACGUUGGUACAACAGCCGCUGCAGCAGUAGCUUCCGCAGUUGCGGCUUCGAAGGACUGUGAGAAUUCUGUCAACGAUCUCUCGGACAAGCUAAACGACCCGGUUUCAAGAAACAAGGCAGUACCGACUCUACAACCUCUCUUCCAUCCUGCUGAGCCCAGCACACCAGCUGGAGCUCUCUGGUCGACGGCUAUAGAAGACGGAUAUGCUCCAAAUUUCGCUAGUGUCAACGGAGGUAUGGGCUUUCAAAAUUAUUCUUCGCCAACUCAACAACAAAUGUUCGGUGGUAACAACAUGAAUCAGAAUCACGUGAAUCAAGGCCGGAGAGCCAUCACAGCUAGCCACAAUUUUCCCCACAAUAUGGCAAGACAACAAUCUCUGUCGAAUCAUCCGUUGUAUAAAGGUUACGGUACCUGGGCCAAUCCUCCACCGGGUCAAAAUUGGUCUCCGGGCAAUUCUUCCGUGUGGAACCGUGGCCGGAGCGUUCCAAAUCUUCCUCCCUUACAACAGAUGGGAGUAGGUCUCAGUGGGGCGGGCCGUAAACCUAGUCCUACUUUCAAUCAACAGCAGGUCAUUUCGCCUGUCAAAUUUCGGAGAAGCACUUCUUAUCCAGGAAAAGGACCCUUUACUCAGCCGCCCACUUUCGAGAUCACCAACAUGGACGAAAACAGAGAGCUACUACCCUAUCAGGAGCGUUGUGGUGUAGUUAGUGCGAAUGGUAGUAGCCCGUUAGAAAAUAUGCGAGGACUAGAACAUUAUUUGAAUGAUAUUAUGAGUCCACAAAGUAACACGACUGAUAUGAAAGGUUUCAUAAAUACCACUAUGUUCCCAACGUUACAGCUCCACGGAAAAUCCCACUAUUUCCCAAACCUGGAGGAUCAAGCUGGUCCUGUCCUCCUAGAAGAACCUAGUCAUUUAGUAGACAACACUUUAGGAACGCAACCUCUGAGCUCACCUUCAAGGUCUUCGCCUCACUCGCAGGGUUCCGAGGGCGGCGAACGAUUCUCUAGGAAGGUUUUCGUCGGAGGACUGCCCCCGGAUAUUGAUGAAGACGAAAUCACUGUCAGUUUCAGGAGAUUCGGACCCUUGGUUGUGGACUGGCCCCACAAAGCAGAGAGCAAAUCGUAUUUUCCGCCAAAAGGUUACGCUUUUCUGUUAUUUCAGGAUGAAAAUUCUGUACAAAGUUUAAUAGAUGCAUGUAUAACAGACGAAGACAAGUUAUACUUGUGCGUUUCCUCACCCACAAUCAAAGACAAACCUGUACAAAUUCGACCAUGGAGAUUAUCAGAUGCAGACUUUGUUUUGGACGCAUCAAUGCCCUUAGAUCCUCGAAAAACUGUAUUCGUCGGUGGAGUACCACGACCCCUUAAGGCUGUUGAAUUAGCAAUGAUAAUGGAUAGACUAUAUGGUGGCGUAUGUUACGCUGGAAUAGACACUGAUCCCGAGUUGAAAUAUCCCAAAGGCGCUGGACGAGUAGCUUUUAGUAAUCAACAAAGUUAUAUAGCAGCAAUCAGUGCUCGUUUCGUACAAUUGCAACAUGGCGAUAUCGACAAGAGAGUAGAAGUAAAACCGUACGUUCUUGAUGACCAAAUGUGUGAUGAAUGCCAAGGACAACGAUGUGGUGGAAAAUUUGCGCCUUUCUUCUGUGCAAACGUUACCUGUUUACAGUACUACUGUGAACACUGCUGGGCCACCAUCCACUCAAGACCAGGCAGAGAGUUCCACAAACCGCUGGUGAAGGAGGGGGCUGACAGGCCUAGGGCUGUGCCAUUCCGUUGGUGUUAACGCAGGAGCGCUUAGUACUGCGGCCAGGGGUUGCGCCACUUUUUAGCUUAUUACCAUACCACUGUGGUAGCAACCCUCCAGUUUAUUGCUUAGGCCAAAAUUUAAUAGUAGCAAUUAUACAAAUUUCGAGUAUAUUUGAGAUCAUGAAUCAGUCCGAUUACAAUUAGGCGAUUUUAUAAACACCGGGGCUUUAACACCUCCCAGAACCUUUUACAGAAAUCAGGGGUACCACACGCAUCUUUAACAUUAAAAACACAAAAACUACUAAAGCUGAACUUAGGCUCAAUGCAAACUUGCGUGUUUUCAAAUCGCGCGCACGCAUUGCAAGAAGCGUCGGCCGAGAGGACGCCAAUUUCUGCUACGCCGCCACGUGCACGCGGCUUGGCAGUCUGUGCUAGGCAGUUAAUACACAUUGAUCGCGUGAUUGAUUUCAACGUAGAUAGAGAGCUGUUUAUUUCUGGCAUGUAUGACGGAAAAUGAACAAGGCAGCUUGCUCGCAGCGUGCACGCUACUUCUAAAGACGCAAGUGUGCAUAGAACCUUAAUAGACCAGGGCGCAUCUGUAAAAAUAUUAGUACAUUUGGACGUUGAGAGGUGACUUAAUUUUUUUUGUACAAAUUGCUUGAAAAUAACUCAAAUAAUAAUAUUUGAGUUAUCCUCCCUCUCAAAAAGGUCCGGAACAUUAUUUAAAUACAGUGAAACCUCGAUUAUCCGUCUCUCCAUUAAUCGUCACUUCUGUUAACCGUCAGGGUCCGAACAUAAGUUGUAUUGAGUACAUAACCACUUUUUUAGCAUUGUGAUAAGCCAAACGAAAUUCUCUGAAAUGUACAGUGUGGUAACAGAUGAAGUUAUGGCUGAAUCAACUGUUUUGUUUUUGUUGCCUAAAGAUGACGAAUGGUUAACUUGUGAUGAGGACGCAAAUGACUAUCGAUUGCUGACAGAUGAUGAAAUUGUUGAAAUGGCAAAACAGAGGCUGACGAAACAAGUUUAGAAGCUGACACAAACUUGGAAUUUGACGGUGGCGAUGUCGAUGAUGCUUUUGCAACUGACAAAGAUUUGCCUAAAAAAGCUAGAGAAGCUGCAUCUCACAUGCAACCAUUCAACCAUUCAUCGAGUGGUAUUCUCGACAAAAAGAAUCCACUAAAGUAGAUUGCAUGAUCUUACGCUGAAUAAGAAAAUCAGCCCUUGCAAAAUGUGAAGCAUCAGUAAAACAAACAAAGAUUUCAGAAUAUUUUAAACCAAAUUCGACAAUAUUAACAAGAACACAAAUUUCUCUUAUACCAACAAACAAAAGAUACAAAUAAAAUUUGAGAGUUUUAUUAUCAAUUUUUAUUUUUUUUAAUGUUCUGUUAACCGUCUUUUCGAUUAUCCGUCAUACCCCUGGUCCGGUGUCCUGACGGAUAAUCGAGGUUCUACUGUAAUCAAAAUGUCAAAAAAUGAAGGAAAAAUUCGAUUUUUUUCUUCGUUUUUUGAUUAUAACUUUAAAAAUAUUCAUUUCCGAGAAAAGUUGUACUGACAUAAAAGUUGCAUAAUUAAAUUUCCUCCAAUAUAGAAUUGGUUUAAAAUUUAAAAAAUAGUCACCCUUGUUGCAAAAUAGCAAUAAUUGCGAAAAAACCAUACAAAAACAAGUAUUUGCAUUUUACGUUUUUCAACCAUUUAUGCUACACUUAGGACCGUCAUAUUUCACCCAGAAAAACUUUAUGAUACAGUAAAACAGUACUGUAAAUUUCAUUAAGAUCGGUUCAAUAGAUUUUGCAAAAUAAAUUUUGCAAUUCAGCUUUCGCAAAAAAAAUUCAUUUUUUCAAAAUGUUACAGGAGUGAAAAUAAAGCAUAUAGCAAGUUGAAAUUUUUUGCGUAUAGAAGUGUACUGUACCUUUCAUUUGCAAUUUGCAAAAUUAAAAUAGAUUAACUACCACGGCGUCAGGAAUUUUUUUAAAUAAACAUUAAUUAUUGGUGCUACGCGCAGGACAGCGGAUAGUUUGCUCUGAUUGGGCAGUCCAAUGACCAUUGAGAAUGAUUGAUACAUUUUAAUUUUUAUUACAUUUCGAUAUAAAUAAAUAAAUUUGUUUAUUGCAAAAUAAAAACACAUACUCUAUCUCUUGAAAUAACACUUUUUUAGUAAAAACUUUCUUUGUUCAUAUAUUUUGACUGAGAGAAUAAAAGUUUAUUAUUUUUAAACAUAUGCAAUUGUUUAAACAAUAUUUGACAAACAAUAAUAAAAUUAGUUUGAUUUUUGUGGAAUUAAAAUAUUAAAAUACAACAAAAUAUAGAGUAAGAAAAUAAUAUAUUAGAUAAAGAUUGGAAGAAAUUUUGGUGGAAAUCAACUUGUGUGAAUCGAACACCGCUGUCCUGCACGUAGCACCAAAAAUUAAUGUUUAUUUAAAAAAUUUCCUGACGCCGUGGUAAUUAAUCGAUUUUAAUUUUGCAAAUUACAAAUGAAAGAUACAGUACACUUCUAUAGGCAAAAAAAAAUUCAACUUGCUAUCUGCUUUAUUUUCAGUCCUACAACAUUUAAAAAAAUGAAUUUUUUGCGAAAGCUGGAUUGCAAUAUUUAUUUUGCAAAAUCUAUCAAACCGAUCUUAAUGAAAUUUACAGUAUUGUUUUGCUAUAUUAUAAAGUUUUUCUUGGUAAAAUAUGAAGGUCCUAAGUGUAGCGUAAAUGGUUGAAAAGCGUAAAAUGCGAAUACUUGUUUUUGUAUGCUUUUUUCGCAAUUAUUGCUAUUUUGCAACAAGGGUGACUAUUUUUUAAAUUGUUAACCAAUUCUGUAUUGUAGGAAAUUUAAUUACGCAACUUUUAUGUCAGUACAACUUUUCUCAGAAAUGAAUAGUUUUAAAGUUUAAUCAAAAAAUCGAAUUGUUCCUUCAUAUUUUGAUAUUUUGAUUAUUUAAACAAUGUUCCGGACCAUUUUGAGUGGGAGGAUAACUCAAAUAUUAUUAUUUGAGUUAUUUUCAAGCAAUUUCUGCAAAAAAAAUUGAGUCACCUCUCAACGUCCAUCUCAAAACAGAUGCGCCCUGGACUAUAAUGCUAACUUAAAUACGAAUAGUUUGUAUCAUACCAGCAGAGAUUUCCUAAGCUAUUCCUGGGAUUGUACAAUAAGUUCUUUAGAAAGUUUACUACUACACUUAAAUAUUAAAUUUAUACAACCUGUCACUACUUCCAUGCAAGAAACAUAAUAAUCUAUUAAUUCUCGUACAUUAUCAGUUUAAAUCUGUUGUAGAGACAGAAAAAAUAGUGAAUAGAUUAUUACUCUUUUAGUCUAUUGCUUUUUUUACCUGUUGUUUACCGGGUAAUGGUCCGGGUAAUACCGGUAAGGGCGAUGGAGCAUGCUAUGCUGGACGUUUCACUGCGAGACAAGAUCCAAAACUGCCACCGACGACGAAGAUCAGGAGUGGCUGAUGCUGUAAAGACAGUAGCAACACUGAAAUGGAACUGGGCAGGUCACGUGGCUCAAAUGACAGAUAACAGAUGAACAAAGCGGAUACUAGAAUGAAGAGCAAGAUAUAGGGCUUACCGUAGCACAUAUCAUCCACCAACACGUUAGACAGAUCUGAUACGUUGACAUAGGAAUUGGAUGCUAGAGACACAAGAUCAAAACAGAUGGAACUUAUGAGGGAGAUAAUUCUAAAUGGGCUUGCCCAGCAGUGGACAAUCGAAGAUUGAAUGAUAAAUGUAUUGCUGAUAAGCUAAUUAAUAGCUCGAAAAUUAGUCAAUCUCACUUGAAACAAUAUCAAUGUAAUAUAAUAUUAUCAUUCUCAGUGUUAAAAUGUGUCAAUAGUUUGCUGAGCAAUCAAUAUAAUUGAAUAACCAUAUGAAUACUCAUAAUACCCCACAAAAGAACAACUGAGGAGACUGUAAGUAAUAGAGUAAGACAAACAGUGGACUGUAUAAGAAAACUCUGAAUACUCAUAAUAUCACACAGAAGAACCACCGAAGAGACUGGAAAGAGUAAGACAAACAUUAGACUGUAUAACAAAACUGAAAUGAAAAAGACAAACUUGGUGAAGCAUGUCAAAAGAGCGGAUGCAGGGAAAAACAAAAAAAUGGACUCCGAUGGGAAAAAAAUAGAGGAAAACUUUGAGAUUGUGUUGAGAAAGAUUGUUCAGAGAUGAAGUAGAUGAGGUAAUGGAAAGAAAACUGCUUGUAAGAUGGAGAUUCGGAGGACACAAAGAGCUGUAGAGAAGAAAGUCGAUGAAAACUGUGGAAAUCAUUAGUGGUACCACUACCUCGCAUUAGUUUUUGUUGCCAAGAGCCUUAGAAGUACCUAACCUUUAAAAUAGGUAUCAAACAUUUAACUGUGGACAUAGCUCAUCACUGGCAAGAAAGAUAUUGAUGAAGCAAACAAGUGGAAAAAGGAACAGACAUGCUCUAAUAGGGCUGAAGUACAUACUGCAAAAAACUUGCAGAAAUCAGCUCAACAUCAUAACAGGCUUCCUUACUCGACAUGUUCCAGUCUAGGAAUACCUGCAUUUAAUGAUGCUGUUUCAAAGAAACUUAUGCACUACAUCUCAAGCGACUACCAAGUGACUGCCAACGAAUAUAGUACACGUCAUCUACUAGAUCCAGAUAGAUGACACAUAUCUUCUUCUUAGCCUUCUAUCGGUCAUUUUGGACAUAUACAUCACCCAACGUCAUUUAAAUAUAUGUAAUUCAUUAUUAGCUUUAAUUUCCGUUGAAAAAGCUUCAAACAGUAUUUAAAUACUUGUGUAGUAUAAAAAGGGGGUAAUGGAAAAUUAGAAUGUACCUGUUUUAGCAAAUUGGGCAAGUAACGUUAACUAACAUUACUUAUUUUGCAAUCCCUACACACUUUGUGAUUUUUAAUGAAGAUAGAUGACGUCUGGUAUCUUUUUGGCAACAUAGGGAAUCACACACUUUUUAACAAUAAUUAUUUUAGAUGUGACACAGUCACACUAAUAUAGUAUAAUUAAAUAUUUGCCAUAUAGUCAUAAAAUAAAUUAAUGUGUGUAUAAUAACGUAAUUUAGUAAACUUGCUAGUCACUUAUAUAGAAUAUUUGCUAAAUAAUAAUUGGAAGGUUACAUUACUACAUAUUAUUAUCACAAUAAACUCGAAAUAUAUAAAUUUACCAUUAUAGCAAGAGCAUAAACUAGUAUGCGAACAUCUUAACUCCAAUGUGUAGAUAUGAAUAAAGGAAAAACAUACAAAUAUUAUUCAAAAUAGCAACUUAAAUCAAAUAAUUUGUUCUUACGUAAUAUUAUUUGUCAAUUUGACAUUUGACAAAUGGCAUAUUUGACAUUUGGCAAGUGACAUAUUUGACAUUUGACGUUUGACAUAUGGCGUAAACGGCUGAUAGUGGUAAUUUUAUAAAUGGAGUAUUUUUGUAGUGGACUUAUCUUUCAAUUCGAUUUCUGUCUAGUGGAAGGGAGGUGCGAUGGCUUUUGGACAACAUUCAAAAUCUCAUAAUACAUAUAACCAAAAUAUCUUAUGGCGCCUGGUGGUAGCGAACUUGUUUCCACUGUCACAGCAUUGGUCUGGCCACAGAAACGGCGUGCUACAUUGAAAACGAUAGUUCUUAGUUAAUUAUUACCUGUAGCACGACCUAGUCAGUUACUUCAGGGUAUUGUAAAUACUAGUCUAAUUGCAAACACAAAUCUCCUGAUAGGUUUUUGGGUUUGAUACAGAAUAUAGAUUUUGGUCCUUUUUAAGAACAGCUGGCCAGUAUAUGAACAAGAGUACAACUAAUCUAUAGGUACUAAGACCCAUCAACCUGUUAACCUUAAAAUUGCUACAUUUUUCUAAAAUCAAAAUUUUCUAUUAUACUAUUAACUUUUUUCUAAUUAUAUUGAAGCGCUUCAUUUCAAAAAUGUAGUAGUGUCAUUAAGGGGAUUUUGUGAAUACCAUUGCUGGACAGAGUAAAAAUCGCUAAAUAGUGUUGACCACUUAGCUCCAAGUACCUGACUACCCUGUAUCCUGCAAAUUGCUUACUCACCUAAAUUCAUAUUAUCUUUCAACUCUUAGAACAUGGUCCGAAACUUUUUAUGUGAUUUUGCUAUAUCUUUCUACUUGAGUGUCUUUUUUACUAUGCCAUAUGAUGGAUUUUUUACUAUUUUUUACAUUGAUGUCACUUUCACUGACAUUUAAUUGUAGUGUAAUUUAGGAAUUAUUACAGCAGUAAAACCAAAGAGUUUACUAAAACGAAAUCCUCAAAAAAUUACUUAUUUAGUCCAUUCUUUAUAUUUUUGAAUAAAUGAUUAAGUAGCUGAAAAAUACUCUUACACAAGUACUCCAGGGAAGCAACUACUUUUCUCAAGACUUAAAAGGGAUCUAGCAAGCUAUUUAUUUAAUAAUAAAAAAAAUUAUGCAACUUUUAGAUCUCCCUCAGCCUUUUUUGCUCCAGCAUUCGUUGGUUUACAAAUUUUAGAAACCACGAAGAUGUUACCAGAGCAGUUGGUCCCAAAAAUUUUAUUGAAGUAAAACUUUCGGUUGUUUUAACCAGAUGUCGCCACAACACCCGUAUUACGUUGUUUUGUUGUAAUUCGAUACUAGCGGGCCGAUUUAUGUCAGUUUGUUCAGAGAUAGUCAUAUAUGCAUUUUCUGAUGAGAACAUAACAAGGUUUGAAACCGGUUAAAGUGCUUAUGGCACUCUCUGAACGAACGAUUAUAAAUAUUAAAAAAUAUAUAUGGUUCCUUCAGAGAAUUAGUUGGACUUUUAAAUUAUUACAGAUUAAGUGUCAAAUAUGCAAUUUUUUCGAUUUUUUGCUUAUUUAAAACAUUUGAAAUAAAAUUCCAAAAUUUUUUUUAUUGAAAACAUUGCAAAAAAGCUUCAAAAUGACCUUCUGAAAGUUGUAAAAUUAUUUUGUUGUUCCGAAAACUGCAAAAUAAUGCAAAAUCGUUAAUGAUUUUUUAUUAAAAAAAGUCUUUUCAACAUCAACCUACACGUUUGAUAAUGCAAAGUUGUUAUUUGUGGUGGUUGAUUUCUUCAAGAACGAGCAAUAUAAAACAUAAAUAUAGAGAAAAGAUAGAAACUGCGUUGGCUACAAUCAGAAACGGACAGAAUAUGGGAACGCACGAAAUCAAUAAUAAUAAAAGCAACCUUAGAAGAUAUUGGGCAAUACAUAGAUUUAGUAAGAAGAGCCAGAAAAGUCAGAAUCAAAGAGUAUACAGCAAAAAUAAAGAAGGGAUUCUAAUAAGCGGGACAUCAGAGGUCCUGGAAAGGUAAUAAGAAAAGUCCUGGAGUGGCAUCAAUAUCAGCUAUAAUGAUAAAAGAAUCAGAAAAGCUGCUAAUAAAUUUGCUUAUUAAGAAGAUUUAGGAAGAUGGAAAAAUACUGGAAGACUGGAUGAUAGGAAUAAUGGUUUGGAAUCCUCAAUGCCGACGGAAAGUAGGUAGACCUAAAAAAUCUCUGAAAAGAAGGGUACUAAAGGAGAGUACUGGACGAAGGGAAAGAAAUGGGAAAAUCCUGGCUUGAGAUCAAAGCACUAAAAGCUGGAGAAGGAUAAUAAAGAAGGUACCGGAAAAACUGUGACAGUUGUUAAUAACUAAAAAACAUCACCCAAAUCUCAGCAAGAAGCAUGUAGGUGUUAGGUGAGGUUCGAUAUGAGUGGACACUUAACCACCCUUUCACUAAAAGGUCUGUUAUGGUUCAUCUCUCGGUUAAAGUUGUCCUUUCAGCCCCGCCUUUUCAACAAAGCCUAUUAUGGCCUUUGGUGACACUUCUACGAAGGCUCGAAUUGAUAAUGUUCAAAUUUAUUGAGCCCUAUGCUAUCCAAUCCUGGGCAGUUGGACAGAAAGUGUUCCACCUCUCGUCUUCGAUUUUAUUCAUAUGCCCGUUGGGGCCACAGUGUCCUGUUGGAAGACCUACGAUACUUCACAUGUCACUAUAAAAGCCUUCGAAUGUUUGAGAUCCAUUUGUUUUUACCAGUGGUUAUGUUUUAUGGUUACGGUUUCAUCUGUUCCAUCCAGUCCGAUCUGUUAUUUUGGUUGUGCUUCGUGCUAUGCCAACGAAAGAUUCUGGACCUAUGAAUCUUGUUUUCCUUUCCCCUGGAAAGCAGGUCUGCUCUUUUGUUUCCUUUAAUACCAGUAUGUCCAGACAUCCAGAGUAGACAUACUUUGUUAUUUUUCGAGCGCGUGUACUGCAGCCUGCCUUUUUAUUAGUUCGUGCAGGCUCAUCUCUAUAGUAUAAACCUAUGCUUGAAAGAUAGACGAGUAAUUACAUAGGCUUUCACUGAGGCUUAGCCAACUCAGCUCCAACUCUUUCAUCGGUUUUAGAGCCUAUAAGUGUUUCACAGAAUAUGUAGGUGUUCUUUCAAUAGGUAUAUAUUAACUAAAAAACUUGCUAGAUAACAGGAUUAUUCCCUAAUAUGGUCUUUUUGUUUAUUUCCCUAAACCAAAGAUAGUUUUGACUGCAAAGAAGUACAAUAUACAAAUACAAAGCAUAUAGACUAGAAAUUUGUAAGGUCUGAAUCUGACUCGGCAUCCUAGGAGACUACAUAAAGAAAAAUGAAUUUGAUUGAUUAUAAACAAAUGUUUGAUCCAAUAUGUUGAGUACGUGGCAUAAAAAACAGCGGUAAAAGAAAUAUUAGGAUAUAAAGUGUUCUUCUUAUGCUGAUCUAUUUUAAGGCUACGUUAAGCAAAGUAUGGACUAAAUAAGCCUAAUAUAAUACAUUUUUGUAUAUAGUAAUACCAAUUCUAUAGCUUAGUUGAUUUUCGUUAAAUAUGUGUAAUUAUGUAAAGGUGACAAGUGAGAUAAGAUCUCAAGGUGGUAUGUUACCCAAGCAUGCGAGAUUAUAUACUGCAUAUUUAAAAAAAUUAGUACCUUUUUGAUAACUUAAAUGUAACUUUUUAUAGAAUAAAUAAAUUCGCCAAUUUUUUUACAGGCUAACGCCCCUAAAACGGGAUCGAGAUUUUAAUCCGCUUAAAACCCGAAAUGGUUGCAUGGCCCGAACUCGUAACAGGUAGAAAUGCUCGAUAUUCGAAGGAGCUGUUGCCAAAUCUACGGAAUAAAACUAAAUUUGGUUCUUUCUAGUAUUCAAUGAAAAUUUGUUAUCGUAAAUUUAUUUUAAAUAUCGUAUAAUAAUUACAAGGCAUGUUAAUAGAGGAUUAGAAGUCAUAGUCAAAUCAAAUUACUGUACAAAUAUAAAUUCGGAGGGGAGGAAUUUUCCCGAAUAUACUCAGUUCCGUUUUGUUCGCGGAUGCAAACAUAUGUCCUUUUGAUGUUCUUUUGAUAUGUCCAAACCAUCUCUUUCAUGAAUUAAAACAAAUAUUUGGCAUAUCAAAAGAAUGUUGUAUAUGUUUAAAAUUUCUCAAUGCAAACCAUUAUUUAGCCAACUUAAAAGUGGAAGAAUAUGUGUUUGAUUUCAUGAAAGAGAUGGUUUGGACAUAUCAAAAGAAUGUCACGGUACCGGAUUAUUAAGUCCUACACCAGUGUAAUUGAUAUGCAUAUGAUCUGUUUGCUUCCGCGAACAAAACGGAACUGAAUAUAUUCGGGAAUAUUCCUCCUCCGAAUUUAUAUUUGUACUGUAAUUUGAUUUGAGUAUGAGUUCUAAUCCUCCAUUGACAUAAUGUCUUGUUAUUAUUAUACGAUAUUUAAAAUAAAUUUACAAUAAUAAAUUUUCAAUUAAUACUAGAAAGAACCAAAUAUAGUUUCAUUCCGUAGAUUUGGCAACAGCGCCUUCGAAUAUCGAGCAUUUCUACCUGUUCCGAGUUCGGGCCAUGCAACCAUUUCGGGUUUUAAGCGGAUUAAAAUCUCGACCCCGUUUUAGGGACCUUAGCCUUUUUACAAACUGAUUAGUGAAAAGUUGUUUUAGUAAAAUGUUGUAAAUAAAUACAUUAAACUAAUCAAUUCAUAUCAAAUGGUUGAGUACAAUUUUGAAAUCUCAAUUGUAGGUAAAUUCUGACAACUAUUUCAUUGAAUUUUUUACGCCGUCUCAAAAUCAAAAUAGAAUGGUUUAAAAAUAGACAAACAGGGUUUUGGAUUUGUGCAAUCAAAAAUUUGGACGGCAUUUUGAAUUGUUUUAGGUAAAUUUUAUUGUUGGUAGGUAAUCUAGUAUUUCAAAUUGAUUUUAAACAAAUUAUUGAAACAUUUAUAGUCUUUUUUAAUUAAAAAAAACCGUGAGUAUGUAGCUUACUUAUUAAAUAAAUAUUCAAAAUAAAUAGACUUUGCUGGCUAUCGAGUCUAUUUUCUUUAUUCUUUUAGAAAAUGUAUCGUAAGAAAAUUAUGUAGCAGAAUUCAAAAUUAGUGCUACUAUAGUGAAACUAAUCAAUAUAAGUAAUUAAUUAAAAUAGGUAUAUAAAUAUUUCAAAUGUACAGAAAUGUACUUAAAUUGUGUUCCUUAAUUCUAUUUUUUCUUAUUUGUUAUGAGAACUGCUAAAAUUAUAGCUUCGAUUUUUGUUUCAUUCGUUGAAUAACUCAUUAAAGAAUUCUUAAUGCAUUUUAUUAUAAAUAAUUGUAAUUUUUACGCCUUUACAAGAAAUACGGUGCUCAAACUUGUCUAUCAAAAUGUCCAUGUCAAAUAUUCGCUAAAAAUCACUAAAGAACAUAAUUAACAAUAUUAAAGUGUUCUCGAAUAAUUAAUACAUAUAUCCAUUCUUUUAGAACUCGUCACAAAUCGGUGAUUAGGCUAAUCCAGGCAAAAAACUGUAACAAAUAUGUUCAUAUUGGUUCAUCAUCCAUCAGCGUACCUGAUGGUUUCGUUAAUCUUGAUUCCACCUUGUACCUCGUAUGUUUCUCUGAAUAUAGAUUCCUAAUACACGUUAAAUAAUAGUGGUAUAUCUUCGGAUGUUGUGUGCUCUAUUUAAAUUAUUGCCGUUUGGUGCCAGUAUAGUUCUGAGAUAAUUCGCAAGUAUUGUUCGACAAUUUGAAUUGUUCUCAUAAUUUCGAUCAUCUUUUGAUGGUUAACGCAGUCAAAUGCUUUUCGAUUACCAAUAAAACAUGAAUAGACAUCUACAUUCAUGUGAAUCGUUGUUAACACAUUGAAGGCAAAAAGAUCUUGUGUUCCCAAUCCGUUUCGAAAUAAGAAUUAAGUGUCACUCAUCUGAGACUCACACUUCUUAUAAAUUCGUGUAUGGAUCAUUUUGAGAAAAAUUUAAGAGACAUGAGUCAUCAACCUUAAUAUUGGAUAUUCAUCACUUUACGAAAAUAAGGAACCAAGACUUAAGGAAAAGAACAGUUAUCACUUAUGUCGUUGAACGUAUAGCCAAGCUGAAAUGGAAUUGGACAGGUCACAUAGCGCGACUGAAAGACUCAAGAUGGACCAGAAAACUAAUUGACUGGCGCCCAAGAAAAAACAAACGUAGCAGAGGACGACCACCAACACGCUGGAUGGACGACAUUACCCGAAUAUCCAAGAAAUGGCAACAAGAAGCACAGAACCGUGAAGAGUGGCGAAGAAUGGGAGAGACCUAUGUCCAGCAGUGGACAGAAGAGGUUGCGAUGAUGAUGAUCACUUUACGAAUGUUGAUUUUAGACAGUGGGGUGGUAUUUUCCCUGUGUCAUAUAUCUUAUUGAAUAGUGCUAUUAUUAAGUCUAGGCUUUUCAAUUAAUGUAAGUACUUAGACACAAUGAUAUUAUCUGAACCGGUGGUUUUUUCGUGUUUCUGAGCUUUUACUCCAUGAAUGACUUCUUCUUUGGUUAUUUCUGGACCUUUUUCCUUUUUUCGAUCAUCCAUGCAUGGUGGAGAACACGGUCUAUCAUCGUCAAAAAGUGUAUGAAUGUAUUCUUUCCAUCUCUCCAGUUUGUCUUCUGUACCUACCUAUAAUUAUUUCGUUAUUAUUAUUUCUUAAUAUUGUUUCAUGUUUCUUUAUGAAUCUACCUGUCAUUUCUUUCACUUUCUUAUUGACAUUAAAAGUGUCGUGUCUUUCUUCAAGUUAUUCAGGCAUUUUGUUGACAUUCUAGUUUUCUUUAGCUUCCCUUUUAGACCGGUCUAGUUAGACUCAAAAAUGGGAGCGAGGUUGCAAUAAUUACCAUCAAGCUGAAAAUGGCAGGAUUGUUAAAAAUACCAUCGUAAAUUAAAUCUAAAAAGUCCUCAUAAAUCCGACCCGAGCUAAAAAAUUUACGAGGGUUCAAAGGUCACCAAAUAUGGUUUUUAGCGAUUUUCAGAGAAACGGUAAGUUUUAUCAUAAAAUUAGUUAUAACAAAAAAUAUAGAUUAGAUAAUUAUCUAUAAAAAAUAUUUUAAUACUUUUUUUCGUAAGAGCCACCGUUUUUGAGAUACAACGAUUCAAAGAGUUGAAAGAGUUCUAAUCGUCAUAAUAUGUAUUAGUACACCACGUAUAUACAUCACUGAAGCUGUAAUACAAUUAAAGAUAAUAUGUAUUCUAUCGGUCAGCUUAACUUAUAUUACACAUAAUAAUAUAACAUAUUAUAAAUAUGAUAAUGUUUCUACUAUAUAGCUUGCGGUCUACCGAGCGAUGCAAUGUAUAAGCUGUAUUAUAAUUACAGUGCCAACGAAAAAAUUAUUAUUUCAAUUUUACCGCUUAUUCCCAACAAAAAUAGUUGAUUGAUAUGACAAAGUCUUAACUUAUAAUAAUUCUUCUUACUUAUGCGUCUUAUUCAAUUUGUAAUGAUGAGUUUUGUCGGAAUAAACACGUUCUAUCGGUACGCGUCGGCUAAUCUAAUCACCCUACCUAUUCUUUUCUCAGAAGGGUUUGAACACAAUAAUGAAAGCCAACUUUCUAGGCAAAAUGUUUAUUGCUAAGUACUAAUAAACAUUUCAAUAUACAAUCAACUUUAUGCAAAUUUAGUUUGUUUACUAUUAUGCAAAUUACACCGUUAUCUUCCUGGGUGGCGAAAUCCUUCAGGUAGAUGACACCCUCGAGGUAUUAAUUAGUCUUGAGUACUACUCCGGAGUAAAAAUACGUGUUAAACCAAUUAUAUUACUUGAAUGUGCUGAAGUUUUUAAAAAAACUAAUUCAACUCCACAAGAAGUUAUUUCCAACGGAAUUAGCUUUCUUCUCUCUAUGUAUGGAGCGCCUAAAAAAAACUACGUGCUUAGAUAAGUUUCGAUAUGCAUGUUUCUUUAAAAAUACUCGAAAUAAAAAACAAGUACAAUUAUUUUGUCUUCCUCCAACUUCAGCGGCUGCUCAUCAACAUCUUUUUAGGGUAUAUUACCAAGUUCAAGUGUGGCUUGGUUAUCAGCUAGAUCCAAAAGACGGGGGAUGGAAAUUAGUCGACAGUUCAUUAGAACCAAUUCAAACUUUGCUCCCACCUGCGCCGGAAAAACUCCUGAACACAAUUUUUUGCAACUGUAAAAAGGGAUGUAAGUAGCGCUAAAUGUGGUUGCAAAACAGUUGGACUGUUGUUCGGUAGCAUGCACUAAUUGUCAAAAUCGGUCGUGCUCCAAUGUUGAAUCACCAACAAUUGGGGAUUCAUUUGAUUAUAUCGAGGAGCUAUGCGAUGUGUCAUUAUUGGGGCAAUUUACUUGCACCAAGGAUGAACAAGAAGAAGAAGAACUAGAAGAUUAAGAAGAAGAAGAACAAGGAGAAAAGGAAGCAGAAGUAUUAGAAAAUUAUGAACCAGUUGGAUAAAUUUCCCUUUUUUUUAUUUAUACCGCUUUUUAUAACUUUUAUCAUUUUUAACCCUUGCCAAUAUCAAUUAUUCAAUAGCUUCAAAUUAAACAGAAUCAUAACAGAUCCGUGGAAUAGGCCUACUGGGGAAACCACUUUAAAAAACGCGCUAAGUACACUACCUCAAAGGUGGUGUGGAAACUUGUGCGCAUAUUAUGACGAUUACAACUUUUUGAAUCGUUGUAUGUAUCUCAAAAACGGUGGCUCUUAGGAAAAAAAGUAAUAAGAUAUUUUUUAUAAAUAAUUAUCUAAUCUACAUUUUUUGUUAGAACUAAUUUUAUAAUAAAACUUACCGUUUCGCUGAAAAUCGCUAUAAACUAUAUUUGGUGACCUUUGACCCCGCGUAAAUUUUUUAACUCGGAUCGGAUUUAUGAGGACCUUUUAGAUUUAAUUUAUGAUGUUAUUUUGAACAAUCGUGCCAAUUUUCAGCUUGAUGGUAAUUUUUGUAACCUCGGAUGUGUAAGUUGACCGGAGUAUUUACUAAUUUUUUUUUUGUUCUGUUCUCUUGCGUUAUCUAUUCUUGUUUCCUGUUGUUUUUAUUGAACCAGAUGUUUUCUUCUUAUAUCUUUGUUAUUUUUGUUUUUGAGCAGUCCAUGUUGCUUCAGUGUCUGUCUGUACCAAGUUCUCUAUCAUUUCUAUUUGAUAGGCACGUAUAAACAAUUAUAGAGUUAAAUAAAUUCCGUUUUUUCCCAAAAACUGUAAAUUUCGUUUUCAAUUAACGAAGAAGAAAAGUUUGACCACCUAAAUCUUUGUAAAUACUUUCAAAGUGAUAAUAUUGUUUCCGUGUGAUAGAAUUUUAAAAAUUAGUUUCAAUUUUUAUAGUUAAGUUGGGAUUAUUCCCAUAUUGAAAAAUUGUACUGCACAGAUCUAGCAGAUUUUUGGAAAAACCAUGUUGAUUAGAAGUUCUUCUUUGUUUGAAUAUUUAAACAGAAAGGUUUUCGUUGUUUGGAGAAGUGGGACAUGACAUAAUGCCAAAACAAAUCCUAAUAUAAAUUUCAGAUGUUUUUCCUUCACGAUGAAUUAAUUUACGAAGUUCUUUUAAAGUUACUUACGAGUAAUUUAAAAUUAAAUACCUAUGGCAGUAUCUAGUAAGACACUAUCAUAGUAACGCGUAUAUGCUUAUUAGUCCAGGGGAAUAGACAUUGUUCAGGACUUUCAAUAAUCCAGGUAUGUGACAACUUCUUUUAGUUAUUGUAAACGUAUAGGAAGAAAACCUACCUCUUUCCUGCCUAGGGUUCGGAGCCGUUUUUUAAUGAUUAACAAUUUAGUGCAAAAACGCGAUUUUUUCGAUUUUUUGUAGCCAAUUAAAAAACUAGAUAGUCGACAUAAAAUUACAAAAUUUGAUUUUUUAGAACAUUGAAAAGCUUCAAAAUAACGAUUUUUUAAAGUUAAAAAGUAAAUUUGUUGCUUUGCAAACUGCAAGAUAAGGCAAAAUUGAUAUUUGUUAAUAACUAUUAAGAAAAUUAACCUAGAACUGUGGUAUUUCUUCCAAAGUUGGCUAUUGGGGUACUUAACAAGUUUUCAAAAUUUGAAACUGAUCCAUCAAUUAGUUUAAAAGUUAUUCUAUCUGUUUAUCCAAGAGACCUUUUUUUGGAAUAGCAUAAGGCAGAAAAUAAUGAAUACAUAUCUGACAAUCCUGCGGGUGCCAAAUGAAAUUAGAAGACUUAUGCUAUCAAUGUAUAUUAAAAAAAGAUAAAACUUUAAGUUUUUAUCUUUAAAAUGAAACUAAUUACUUUUCUUAAUUAUUGUAAACAAAUUAGUGGGAAUUAAAAAAAUCAUUUCUUUUUUUAUCUAUCGUCCCAGAAUAACUAAAUAUGUAUUUCUUUCUUUGUGAAAAAAUUAUCAGUUUUUCGAAUAAGUAAAAAUAUUUUUCUACGGUUGAUAUUUUUAAAGUUAUUCUAAAUGUUUAUAAACUAAAAAUGUCAAUACUUUUGCAUUAGGAUUUUUGACUAUAAUAAAUCAUUUUUAUCUUUUUUUAAUGUAUAUUCACAGUAAAAGUCGUCUACUUUCAUUUGGUACCAGCAGAAAUGUACUACCUUCAUUAUUUUCUGUCUUAUGUUAUUGCAAAAAGGUCUCUCGGAUAAACAAAUAGAGUAACUUUUAAACUAAUUGAUGGAUCGGUCUCAAAUUUUGAGGGUUUGUUAAGUAUCUCAAUAUCCAACUUUGGGUGAAAUACCAAAGUUUUAGGUUAAUGUUAAUAAUAGUUAUUAACAAAUGAUGAUUUUGCCUUGUUUUGCAGUUUGCGGAGCAACAAAUUGACUUUUUAGCUUUUAAAAAUCGCUAUUUUGAAUGUUCUAGUUCUUGAAUUAUAAAAUUUUGUAAUUUUAUGUCACCUAGCUUUUUAAUGGGAUGCAAAAAAUUGAAAAAAUGGCGUUUUUCCUUGGCAGGAAUCAGGUAGUUUUGCUUUCUAUAGGUCUACAAUAACUAAAAAAGUUGUCAGAUAGCUGUAUUAUUCAAAGUCCUGAGAAAAAUCUUACUUCCCUGGACCAUAUUUUUUUGGAGUGUUAGUUGUAAUGUCCCUCAUAGAUAGGAACAUAAAUCUACUCAGGGUUAUUGAGAAAACACCAAGUAAUAUAAACGAUUUGAUGUGACGUAUAGAACAUAUAUGUAAACCUUGUCUAUAUAUGGAUUUGUGGGCAUUUUAUUUCUGAAAAAAAAACAGCAGUGAGAAUUAUCAUAGAAUUAUGUGAUGUGCUAGAAAAACUGACGGGCAGUAACGUUGUUUGAAAAACAAUUUCGCGUUAGGAAUUUUUAUAAAUUAUUUUUCUAUUUUGACUUGUACAUAUGUAGGUACCAAAGAUGUUACAUGUUUCUAUAUUGUUGAUGUGUAAAUGUAAUCUUAUAAAUAAUAUGACCAGGUAAAUGAAAUUUGUGGGUAAUAUUUGCUCAGUUAGUAAAUUUCGAGUUGGAAGAUAUGUCAAAUUAAAGGAUCAUGUUAUUUUCAACUUAAAUUGCUUCCUGCUUAGUGUCCGCUAACCGUGUCACAUCCUUCAUACUUCAUGAUUUCUCCUGCAUACCACAAAAGCAUAAAACACAUUCAAACUAUCCAACAAGCCAUAUAAUAGAGACAAAAGUGACAGUUUCCUUAAGUGAGAUAACAGUAACCUUAUACAAGGUCUAUUCGCGGAACACAUCCUGAGCUUAGCCAGAGGGUAAGCCUGCGCAUUAGCUGUUCAGAGGGAAAAAUUCGACCUUAUCGAACGCCCAAUUUUGUAAUGCGCAGGCGUUCUCCCUCUGGGUAAGUUCAGGAUGUGCUCCGCGAAUAGAUCUAUAGAUUUCACCUAUUUGAAUAGGGAACUUCGAUAUUUAGGCUGACCAUUUUGGUAUACUAAAAAUUUUUAUUUAUUUAUUUAUAAAGUUCAACAAGUCUUGAAGGCCUUAGCCUGAAAAGUUUAAUUUUUUAUUACAAUUACUAUUUGUACAAAAUACACUUAAUGUUUAUUAUAGCCUUUCCAUACAUUUCUCAACCACUUCCUUCCAUUGUUUUCUGUCCAAUGCUUUUUCUUUCUAAUUCUUAAUAUUACUUUUUUGCAAGUCUUCAUAUUUAUGCGCUAUGCUUCCAUCUCUUUCUUGGUCUAUCUUUUAUUCUAUUUUGUAUUAGCUUUCGUAAUAGUACCAUUUUCUGCAUUCUUUCCUUUCCCAUUCUUUUAAUGUGUCCUAAAUAUCGUAUUCCCUGUGCUUUAAUUGACGUAGGUAUUUUUGGUCUGUUGUAUAGUCCUUCAAGUUUUUUAUUAUUUCUUCUUCUCCAUUGACCAUCUAUUUUCACACCUCCAUAUAUUGCUAUUUGUUUUGUAGAUUCUAAUUUUUGUUUUUCUUGGAAUAUAUUUGGAUUUCAUUAAUGAUCGCAAUUAUCCAUACUUCUUGCUUCCUUUUACUAUUCUUGCCGUUAUCUUCCCUUCCCCAUGUCCCUUUUCAUCUAAUUUUACACCCAGGAAACUUUUUUGAAUAUUCAUGUAUUUUCUCCUUCCAUCUCCAAUGUGAAAUUGUCUUCUUUUCUUUAUGUGUUUCCCCCAUUAUCAUGAAUUUUGUCUUUUCCUUAUUUAUUAGAAGCCCAACUUUUUUGCUUCUUUUAUUAUAUUGUUCAUUAAUAUUUUUAGUUAUUUCUUACUUGUCGUUAAUUGUGUUAGAUCGCAUGCGAAUGCUAUACAUUGAUGGCAAUUUUUAAAAAUCGUUUUCUGCAUAUUUACAUACAUAUUUUAUUUUUCUGACUAUUCUUUCCAGUAUCAGAUUAAUAAGAGUCAUAAAUAGUGGAUUUCCUUGUCGAAAUCCUUCUUUUGUUUCAAAAUUAUUGGAUUUAGAGUCCUGACAUACUAUUUCAUUUGUUGUGUUAUCUCUUUCAUUCGUUCGUACAUCUGUUGUCUAACAGGAGAUAAAAUAUUGCUUCUAAAUCCUGCCUGAUAUUCGCCCAAUAUCUUUUCAGUGUAUUGAUUUUUUGCUUAUGAUUUGUGUCAAGAUGUAAACUAGUUCCAGUAAUGCAAUACCUCUAUAAUUUUCACAUCUAAUUUUGUCACGUUUUUUGUUUAUGGGGCAUAUCCUUGCUAUGGCCCUCUGUUUUGGCAUUUUUUCUGUUUCCCGUAUGGUUUUUAUCCUUUAAAAAAAUUCCAUGAGAUAUUUUUACAUAAUCUCUUUCAUCAUCCAACCAAUUCACGUCCACUUUUGGACAUAGGUCUCCCACAAUUGUUUCCACACUUCACGGUUUUGUGCUGAUUGUUGCCAGUUGCUACACAUUUGUAAAAUUUGUAGUAACAAAUUAAAAACAAUAAAACAAUAAAAAACAAUAACAAUUAAAAAACAAUAGUUUAAAAUAAAAUAAGCCCAAAAUACUCAUCGGAAAUGGAUACAAGAAGGUUUGAACUUUAAUUUAGGCACUUGGUAACCUCAAAAAUAAUAUUUUUUACUGGUGCUUUUAGGCCUUGAAAAUCGCCAUUUUUCGUUUUUUUUUUUAAUUUUAAAUUGCUUAGAACUCGAAAACUUUCAACUUUAGAGAAAAAAUUUUUCCGGGCCAAAAACGUUGAUUUUGCAAUUUGUUUAAAAAAAUUGUUUUAACGAAUGAGGACCACUUUUCGACUUGAAGCGACUUGAACCUUACUGGGGUGUUCACGAAAGUGAUGCAAAGGGAUUUUUUUUUCGAAUUACUGUAUUAAGGCGGGAUCUAACGGUUCACAGUGACGAAAAGAAAUAGAAAAUAGAUUAUAGAAAAAGGCAAAAUCUAAACACGGGAACCAACGCCUCCAGCUUACUUACCCCUCCAACCCAUCCGACGCAGCUAGGGGCUAGUACAGUCAGUGACGUGGUACUUUUAAAAUGGAGUGGUCUAACGAUGUUAUAUUGGAAUUUUUUAUCACUGUAUGAAGCCGAACCACGUAUUUGGAAUCCACAGGAUCCAAACGAUAAAAAUAAAACCUUAAUAUAUGAUGCUUGAAAUAGGAUUGAAGAGAAAAUUGAGUCCUCUCACGAUUAAUUUUUUUUUUUGGGGCAAUUAAACAACUAAAACCGUUACCGCCAACACUGGUGGCGUUCGACAGGCUAAAACUAAACUAAACCUUCGAUACUCGAGGAGACAUGUUCCAUCAGAAUGAUCCUGCCACAUUUUGGGGUAGGUCUAGUGAAUUUAUCAAAAAGUAAAUAUUUAUUAAUUCCACAGUGACGUGGCGCGCCCUUUUCUGUUCAGUAUUAUCUAUUUUCUCUUUCUUUUUGUGGACGUGAUCCGUGAAUUAUUAAUAGAAACAGACUGUUUGACUUGUACACACUUCUAUAUAAAUCAAAACGGGAACUGAUGUAUGUUUUCAAAGACUUCUUCUUCACGUGCCAUCUCCGCGACGGAGGUUGGUAAUCAUCAUUUCAAAGACUGAUAGUGUGUAAAUAAAUUUAUUAAAAUCAGCUAAGUACUUUCAGCAUUUUUAAUGUCAUCAUCAGAGCUAUCGUCUUAUAAUUGUAAUUACCUCAAAUGAAGAGAAAACUUUUAACAAACACAUUCUAAUAUUAAAAAUUAACCCAGGGAUCUAACCACUAGUCAGGGUAAAAACCCUUAAAUGUAUAAAAUAAUCACAUUUAAUGUGUUUUUAAAAAAUGGCUACCAUUUUACAAUCAACGUAAAUGUUGAUUGUAAAUCAUGUUGAUUGUAAAAAUGGUAUAAAAUAAUCACAUUUAAUGUGUUUUUAAAAAAUGGCUACAAUUUUUACAAUCAACGUAAAUGUUGAUUGUAAAUCAUGUUGAUUAUAAAAAUGGUAGCCAUUUUUUAAAUACACAUUAAAUGUGAUUAUUUUAUACAUUUAAGAGUUUUUACCCUGACCAAUGGUUAGAUCCCUGGGUUAAUUUUUAAUAUUAGAAUGUGUUUGUUCAAAGUUUUCUCUUCAUUUGAGGUAGUUACAAUUAUAAGACGAUAGCUCUGAUGAUGACAUUAAAAAUGCUGAAAGUACUUAGCUGAUUUUAAUAAAUUUAUUUACACACUAUCAGUCUUUGAAAACAUACACCAGUUCCCGUUUUGAUUUAUUAAUUAUUGUUGUGUAUGGUAUAUCCAUUUUUACUUCUUCAGAGGAUUAAUAUUAACUGUUACUCGUUAAGGAAACUGAACUUUACCUAAUGUGUAAUGUGUUAUUUGUGCGUUUGGGGAAGAAAUCAGAUAUUAUCAUCCCUAUAUCAUGUGUGAUACUGAUAACGUCUUAAAUGUAUUAAAAAAAUUGCAUGGAUAUGUAUAGUAGUAUAUAUUAUAUAUAGUAUCAGCUAUUUUAAGACUUUGUAUUUUUUAAAUUUGAAUUUUUAUACUAAACUGUUAUAAAUGGUGACUAUGACUAGAACAGUUUUGAUGUGUGAAAUAAUCGAAUGGAAGCGGAAAAUCGCAAAAAAAAAACGUUUCGAUGAUGAGUAGAGUUUAUCUUUAUAACACACUAAAGAUUGUUGUUAAAAACUCCUCGACUCACUCUUCUUAAAGCUUUCAGCAAAUUCCCAAAUUAAUAAUAUUUAACUUCUAGUUGUACAUAUUUAAAAAAAAUCAGUACUCUGAAUUGAUCAAGAAUACAGCAAAUAACUUACAAAACGGAUAUAUUUACUUCCUCUCUUCGAAAAAUUAAACAUUUUUGCUUGUCUGAGAAACUUCUGGUAUACUACAGCCUUAAAGUGGUCUGUUACGUUUAGACUAUUGACCCCUAAUCAAUUUAUAAAGGGUACGUUACUGAGUAAUCUGCUAAUCUGGCGUGGAGGAAGAGAAGAAGUUCAUCCCAUUUGCAUUUUUGAAUAGGAAAAUUGUCUUUCACUCUAGUAUAGACAGAGUAUCAUGUUGAGCGAAGUGACGACACCAUCUGUUUCACUCUUAAGCAUAGUAAAGCUGCGACAGUAGUCUUCACCUUCCGUGCCUAUAGUCUCACUUAGUUUCAUGUUAGUUUUUCGAUACAAUGUGCUAGAAAGAGAUACCUCAAACCUGCCCAAGAGAUCUUGUCGUCAGGAAGCGUGGAGGGUAGGCUCAGUCUAUGUUAAUAUAUACGUCUAUGGUUCUUCCCUUGAUUAGACACAUUCUUCUUCACGUGCCUUAUCCGUUCCGAACGUUGGCAAUUAACAUGGCUAUUCUGACGUUGUUUACGGCAGAUCUAAAUAGUUCGGCAGAUGAUAAUCCUCCUCCUCCCUGGACCCUGUUUGCUGUAUAAUUUCCCUUGGAUAAUUAGCUCUAUAUUUACUGUGCUUUAACGGUUAAUUGUUUCCCUCCAGGAAUUUGCCUUCGAUCCGCCUAUGGCGAGCUGUGCAAUUGGCAGAGAGGUCGCCACCUGAGCUUGCUGUGCGCGAUGCGAAAAAGCGUAGCGGAGUUCAAGUUUAGUUGGUCAGAAAAGAGCCCCACGUUGAGCGCCAAUUGAAACCUCUAUAUUCUGGGUAUUGAGAUUUUUGAAGAAAAGAACUGACGAAAUAGGGGGAAAAUGGAAGAGAAGAGAUUUAAAACUCUAAUUAAGAGGGGCUUAGCUCAGACGAACAAAUCAAAUGGGCAGAUAGACACCAAAUCUCAAGUGAGUAUUCGGGCUAGCUUCAAUACACUGAAUACUAUAUACUCAUAACGUGACCCAAGUAUUCCAACUUUCUUUUCUUUAUAGUUAUUCUCUCUCCUUACCCAUCUGGCGUAGUACCUCCUCGUUGGUCACGGACUCGGUGCAGGAUCGUUAGUCAUUGUCCACGCCUUCAUUCCAUAUAGCAAAACCGGAAAUACAUCAAAUUCGAGAAGUCAGAUUUUGAGAGGCAGGGUGAGGCUGUUAGAGGUAAAAAUUUGCUUCGUGCUAGUGAACGACGCGUAGUUUUUUCUAUUCUUAAACGUGUCUCCUUCGCCUGAUCCCACCUUGAAUUAACUAUUGUUCCUAAGUAAGUGUACGAAUACACCUGUUCAAUUCUUUGAUUGUCUAAUUUCAGUUGUCUUGCUCGUUGUUAGGUUUUGCUUACUAACAUCCAUUUGGUUUUUGUAAUCUUCAGUUUGAGCCCGUAUUCUGCACUUCUUCUUUGUAUGUUACCCAUCCGAAAACUCAGCUCCUCCAUGCCUACCUUAUGUUAUUAAUUAUUUCACCAUUUAUCUUUAUGCCCCCUGUGCUUUCCUCUAGCGCUGUCUUAAAUACUUCUUCAGAGUAUAUGUUAAAGAGAAUAUGAGAUAAGGUACUGCCAUGUCGUACCUCUUCCUUGAUUUCAAUUUUAUUCGUCAAUGUAGAUUCUAUUUUCACUGUGGCUGUUUGGCCUCAAUAGAGACUCACUAUUGUUCGAAUGUCUCUGUAGUCGAUUCCGGUCUUAUGGAGUACUUGAAUUAUCUUUUCGUGCUUUACAUUAUCGAAGGCUUUUGCGUAGUCUAUAAAGCAAAUAUACACGUUCUUAUUCAUAUCUCUGCAACGCUGGAUGAGUACCUGUAGACUAAAAAUUCCACUUGUAUAAAGAGCAUUACGAAACCCAAACAGCGAAUAGAGUAUGGUCAAUUUCAACUUUAUUUAUGAAAUUAUCAACAUUAUUAACACCUAUAUCUUCCAAUGUACUCUUAAAAAAUCGUUAGAUCUUCCGGUUUGAUUUUAAUUUAACCUCGUAUUUUUUUAUUUAUAUUAACAGAAUUUAUAUAUCGAACAAGCAGUGUAGAAAUAGGAAAAGAGAUGUGAGAAAGAUACUACUUAGUCAUUAUUAUUUUAUUUGGGAUUUUGCUGAAAUUGUGGGGUGUGGGGUGGGCGUUGUAAGAAUUUACCGAAAAUUAAUAUUGGUUUCUAGGUAAUUCUGUAAAUAGACCAAGCGUAGAAAAAACACUACGUUCGUGGUAAGUCUUUCGCUUGGAUAACCAUUUACAACAUGGUACAAAUAAGUAAUGAUAUGAUUUGUAAACAUUUACACUCUUUUUCUACUGUUUGUAUAUUUGCCUGCCUGCCCUGCUUGGGUGAGUGGUAUAAAUAUGGUGGAUUACACAACAUUUGUAUCAUAUUCUGUAGACCCGUUGUAAUUUUUAUCUAUUCAUAUAACUUUUUAACCAUUUUAUGAGAUUUAGAACUGUAUGAGACCUAAUAAUUUCAAACUGGUUUCAUGCACUUCAUUUUUUUAAUAUAUUAGACUCUGUAUUUAUUGGAAAUCUUGAAAGUUGUAUAUUUUUUACUUUUCAUAACAUUUUAAAACGAGCUUUUUUACUUAUAGAAGAUUUUUACGUGAAAGGACCAGGAUUGCAGUCAAAUCACUUUGAUAAGGCAAUCAGCGGCCACUGUUUACAUCACCCCUACACUAGAAACCUCUUUGUCUACUAUUUCCUAUCUCCGCAUAACAAAUACAGUUUUUCAGUAUAAUCAGAGUGACACAACUUAAAAAUUUGUCCCAAAAGCAGUCUGGCAAAUAUUAAUUGUAUCUCCACAUCAUGAACAUGAACAACCUGUUUAAAAUAAAAGCUGUAACGAACUAUACCAAGCAUAAAAUAUAAAAUAUAAUUUAUUUUAUUAUAAUUUAUUUAUAGCAAUAUUCAUCUAAUUUUUGUCAUACAUGUGUUGGAAAUAGUAUGGCAUAUUUUUUUCAUUUACAAAAGAUAGCAAAAUGUCUAGAUCUACUAACCAUACUAGGAACAUUGCCUCAAUAAUAAAAACAUGAUGUAUAAGAUAAUCUGAUAGAUGAUAUGAGAAACAAAAACAUUAGAAAAUAACUUAGAUGUGAUUAACAAUGUAGUACAGUCUAAAAAUCGGCUAUUACAUGGGAAGACAUCUAUUUAUCUAAUCUGAUCUAUCUCACUAGGAGAACACCUACUCAAUAUUGUUUGUGCCAUUUUAAUGAUGCAAUUACUAUUUUCUCUUAAUAAUAGAUCAAAAAUUUUAUAGCCUACACAAUUGGCUAUAUAGAGUGUUCUAAAUUCCUAUUCAGCUGAUUUGCUUAAUGAUUUGCCUUCUCAGUACAAAUGAGCAACCAUAUAGUCCAUAUUUCUUUAAAUAUUUGCUAGAAAAUCUUAAGAAACAUUAGCCAGAUCAACACUGAGGGAGAUUUUAGCCAGCUUGUUCGCCUGAUUUAUGCUUGAUAGUUGCUUACUGGUCAGAGAGUUGUUUUGAGUGUGGAGGGGGUAAGUAAACAUUAGUUUGACCAAACAGCCCGUCACCAUAUGUAAGUAAAUACCAAUAUCAUAGGUAUUACUUUAUUAGUAGUUACCAUUAGUGCAAUAUAUUCGGGCUGUGCCUACUGUGGAUUUAGCCCACCUAGGAAUAGUCAAUUUUUUUAAUAAUCUUAUUGUUAGCCAUUGGUUUUUCGGUUUUUGUCCGUUCAGUCUCUUGGCUCGACUAAUAACCAAAGUAGAUUAUUAUUUCGUUAUUUUUUGUAUCUGUGUUUUUAAAAAUAUUUAAAUUGUUUUUAUAAUUAUUUUAUACACUUUUAUAUGUUUGUUAGUCAAUUUGAGGUAAGGUUUGUACAACUUCUUGGGAAGUUCCUCGUUUACUAUUUUUGUUAGAAUUCAGACUUUUUAUGUUUUUUUAUAAAUACAUAUGAAAUAUCAACUC